AUGGGUAGUCGGGAGAUGAAGGAUACAGCAGUAGUUGCACCAAAGGAAAAGGAGGUGUUUUGGCAUGAUAUCGAGAUGCAGCAGAUGGACGGGUUUUGGUACAUAGAGUCGUAUAUGAAACCCAUAGCUGCAUUCAAGUCCGGAUUCCAGCCGAGAAGCGACGACAUCCUCUUGACAUCCAUCCCCAAAACAGGAGCAACAUGGCUCAUGGCUCUCUGCCACAACAUCCUCCAUCCCGACGUUGACGAAAACGAAGACGCCCUCACGAAGAUGAACCCGCACGAGCUGGUCCCCACCCUCGACGCCCUCUUCCUCGCCGACCAGAUCCAAGAACUGUUGCUUCAAACGGGUCGCACCAGUCGUGUCUUCCACACCCAUGUGCCUUACAAUUGCUUGCCGGAGGCCGUGAAGAACUCCGGGUGCAAAAUUGUACACGUGGCCCGGAACCCAAAGGACACUCUGGUCUCGAUGUGGCAUUUCUACCACGUUCUCUUCAAGAGCGACGCAUCUCCCAAUGCCCGAUUCCCGCUCGAGAGAGUAGUGGAGAGCUUCUGCAACGGGGUCGUGCCUUACGGGCCGUUUUACGAGCACGUGGUGGAAUAUUGGGAAGAGAGCAAGAAGCGGCCCCAAGAGGUGUUGUUUCUCAAGUACGAGGAACUUUGCAGAGACCCCAAAGGGCAGGUUAGGAAGCUGGCUUCGUUUCUGGGGAAGCCAUUUAGCCAAGAUGAAGAUCAAGGAGAUGCUGAGCUGGAGAAGGUGUUGUGGAGGAGCAGCAUCGGCAGGCUCCAGAAUCUGGAGGUUAACAAGAAUGGCAUCUGGGAGCUACCAAACGUGCCCAAAAGCACCUUCUUCAGGAAAGGAACUGUUGGGGAUUGGAAAAAUAACUUAACGCCGGAUAUGGCUCAACGCAUUGACGAGAUGACACGACUCAAGUUAGAGGGAACCGGGCUUUCUCUUGAUGAUUUUUGA